AUGGAUGAAAACAGCAAUCGGAAACUUCAAUCUGAUUGGUACUCUCCAACUCGCCUCCACAACAGUCCUGUGGAGUAUGAUUUUCCAGGAGAUAGAUUUAUACCGAAUAGGAGCCUGAUGGAUCUUGAUCAAGCCUACAGUUUGUUAACAACUCUGACUCAAAAACCCAGCAAACCCAAGUUUAAAAGAGAAUCUUGUAUUUUGGAUGCACCUAAUAUCGUGAACGAUUUCUACCUGAACAUCAUGGACUGGGGGAAAGCCAACUUUCUUGCAAUUGCUUUGGGCUCAAAAUUAUACUUGUGGAAUGCUGAUAAUCGAAAAACUAAACUAUUGUCAGAAGUGGGCAAUGGUGACGAUUAUCCUACUGGUGUAGCUUGGUCGGAAGAUGCCAAAACAGUAGCAGCUGGAUACCGAUGCUCGAAAAUAUAUCUUUGGGAUGCCGAGACUCUAAAGAUUGUGAGAUUCCUUACAGGGCAUCAGAAUAGGGUGGGUUCUGUUGCAUGGAGUGGCCAGAUUUUGACUUCUGGAAGCUGUGAUAAUGCUAUCAUCAAUCACGAUGGUAAUCAAAUUAGUGGGUUGCAAUGGAACAAGCAUCAUCAAGAGAUAUUAAGUGGUCACGGCUUUGGCUACGAGUGUCAAAACCAGUUGUGUUUGUGGAAGUACCCUUCAAUGUGUAAAAUUGGUGGGUCAAUGAAUCAUACAUCAAGAGUUCUCCAUUUGUCCCAGAGCCCGGAUGGACUAACUGUGGUGUCUGCUGGAGCGAACGAGACUCUUCAUUUCUGGGAAGUAUUUGGCCCGUCCCGGGAUGCCAAUUCAAGGAUUUCACAUUUGAAUAGUCUGUUGUCUCUAAAGACAUCACCUAUAAGAUGA